AUGCUUUCCACAGACUACAGCCCCACACAAUACCCCUCUACUCAUAUCCACCUGCUCGAACAAAACUUCUUCCCUGACAACAUCCCCUCAAACGUCCAUACCUUCCUCCCGGACCUUUCAGCAGCAGCAACGGCACAGUUACAAUUCGAUCCUCUUGACAUGUCCUCUCUCCCUGCAUUAAUGUCUCCCGGCUCCUCGAUGAACGAGUUUUCCGAGUCUAUCGAUGGCCGCGAGGAGGAGGAGGAUGAUGACGAGGAUCUCGACGAGUACGAGAUCUUUGCUACCCCUCGCCACUGCGCCAGUGCCAACAUCAGCAACGCCAACAGCUCCAACGCCGAUGCCAACAUAAAACAAUACCAGCUCGAGUGCACGGACAGGACAACCAUGGGUCUCGAGAGCGGCUUCCCUUUCCUUCCAACUCAACAUCCCUUCCACAACCACUCCCACUAUGCUCUCCCCAAUACCUCCGGUCCAAUGAACUCCGAGUACCAGCAGCCUCAGAUGAUAUACCACCAUCAGCAGCCCCAAGAACACGCCCCCAUUGCCGAAGCACAGCACAUCCUGCCGUUGCCUGCUCAGUACCAGCAACAACAACGGCCCAUGUACGCGUCCAACUUUAUUCAGCAGCAGCAGCAGCCUUUCAUUCCUAUUUCCGCACCUCUUCACCAUGCAGUUCCUACUAUCUCGGUGGAGCAAGUAGCCAACUCGCAGGCCUAUGUCGAGUCGGGUGUCCUCAACUACUACAUCUCCUCACUCGAGUCCCAGCAGCAGCCUUCGCUCCUUUCUACCUUCGAGAGCUCGCUUGACCUCUUGAUGACCCCUCAUCUCCCGAAUGGCAGCAACAUAUCUAAUACCUCGUUUGCCCUGUCCCCUACCAUGUCUUGGGCCUCGAUCGAGUCCUCACGCCCUGCUUCCCCUGAGCAGCAGCAAGCAUUCCCAAGCCACACUGUCGUUUGCGAAAACAACGCCAAUAAUAAGAGACCCCGCCUUACCAAGAAGCAUUCACUCUCUCUCUACCGCAAGGCCAAGUACAUUGCCACCGAGCGCCAUGUCUCCACAACCGAGGACGGCCUUCCUGUGUCACCGUCUUCAGUUGCCUUCACUGGCGACGAUUCGAUACGCUUCAAGCGCAAGCGCCGUGUUCGCCAGACAAAGCCCAAGGUCAAGCCCACAUCCUUCAGCUGCGACGUCCCCAACUGUGGCAAGGUCUUUUCGCGUGCCUACAACCUGACUUCGCACAUGAAGACCCACUCUGCAGAGCGCCCCUUCCUCUGCGAUUCCUGCCCCUUGGCAUUUGCACGUCGCCACGACCGUGAACGUCAUGUGCGUCUCCACACGGGUGAGAAACCUUAUAACUGCCAGAGCUGUGGGAGUGGGUUCAUGAGGAACGAUGCCCUCCACCGCCACCAGCGGAUAUGUGGACAGUCUGUCUCGGCCUUGGUGGGUUUGCUCCAGCAGAACGGCAGUGGCGGCCAGGACGGCGCUGCAGCGUCUUCCUUGGAGGGUCUUAAUGCCUCUAGUUUAUACCAGGGCAUGUUUGAGCUUUAG